GAAAAAUCAAAACUAUAAAGAAGACUCAUUUGACACUGGUUGAAGAAAAACAUUCACUGAGUCUCAGAAGCUUCUCCUUCUUUCCUCCGUCGACGGUUUCUCCACCAUGUCUCCUCCUCCCAAUGAGUUAUGCCCUUCUGUGAAGAAUAUCCUUUUGCUUGAUUCUGAUGGGAAACGUGUGGCGGUCAAGUAUUUCUCUGAUGACUGGCCAACCAAUAGUGCACAGGAGGCUUUUGAGAAGCUUGUGUUCACCAAGACUCAGAAGACCAAUGCCCGCACGGAAGCGGAGAUAACAAUGCUUGAGAAUUACAUUGUUGUUUACAAGUUUGUCCAAGAUCUUCACUUCUUUGUUACCGGGGGUGACGAAGAAAAUGAGCUUAUCUUAGCCACAGUUCUGCAGGCAUUUUUCGAUUCUGUUGGCCUCCUGCUCAGAGGCAAUGUGGACAAGAAGGAAGCACUUGAGAACUUGGAUCUGAUUCUUCUUUGCAUUGAUGAAAUUAUUGAUGGCGGUAUCAUUCUUGAAACUGAUCCAAAUGUGAUAGCUGGGAAAGUGGCAAGUAAUAGUAUAGAUUCUGGAGCUCCUUUAUCUGAACAGACACUAACUCAAGCAUUGGCCACAGCCAGGGAACAUUUUGCAAGAUCCCUUCUUAAAUGAACCACAUAUGAGAUUUGGCAAUGGAUGAAACUUAUCUUCUGGCUUUCCUAGAAAACGCUUAUAAAGAUAUCAAUUUACAUUGCAUUCUUGGAUGAUGAUAUUUACUUGGGUUGUGGAAAUUAAUUUUGACAUGCGAAUAUAGGCUUUUUGGCACUCUUUUUCUUGCAACAUUUUGUUGAUGUAAUUACCCAUGAGAUUUCAGGAUAAUGGCAUAUGGCAUAUACUAUAUUUUUCUGAAA